GACGCGACUGCCCGCUAGGAGACGCCGCCCGCCAGAGAACAUCGGAACGGAUCGAAUCGGCUGCAAGGUCCUUCCUACACCUCAAUGACGGCUCCGGUGCAGCACAACCGGCUCCCGACGGCAAGCGACCGCCAGGAACGCCAGCGCCGACUUCCGAAGACGUCGCCGAUACUGAAACCAACCGAGGCCGACAUAUGCGUCGUGGGCGCUAUUCCGGCGUCGUCCGAAAUAUCCGGGGACGAAGCCCACCUGGAAGACCAGAGGAGCCGCCGAACAAGCCCGCCCAACGACGUCGACGCUCCGUCCACCAUCGAGGAACCACAAAACGAGAAUGCUUACCGGAAGCAACCGUCGAGGACCUGCUCAUCCCCGGGCGACGCCGCCUACCCACCGUUACCGGGAUUCCGAAGCAUCGGCGUCGCUCGUCGUUCUACGCGUUCUACUCCUCCGGCAGCUCCUCUGGUACAGGUGGUUCCGGGUCUCGACCGACAGGGACGCGCGGCGACUCCAAGGCGAGAAGUCGGUUGCGCGACGACUGCACUGCCUCCGCAGCCGCGCCGUCGGGCGAAACGGCGUCACCAUGUCGUCAACCGUGCGUCGUACAGGCACGCCCCUUUCCCGCCUAUUCGGGUCUAGCUGGACCAUGUCGAGUUCCGGCGAGACCGGGGCAUCACGCGGCCAGGAAAGGUGUCGGGCAAAGCUGGCGGCAGCACUUGCGGACGUGCUGGCCGGGAA